AUGAACGCACCAGCCUCGAUGUCAUUCGUCGGCAGUGACGGAGCACGCGUAAUUCUGCACGAUCCGCGCCGCGCGUUGGAGAAACUGCGUUUUGCCAAAACAGCAUGGAAAUAUACUUGUACAUCUGAUACGAGAAAAAAGUGCUUCUUCGUGCGCUGACUGGGUUGCUAUUUUCUCUUCCGUCUUUUCUGGGACCUCGAAUGUCAGUGGAAUAUUUAGAAAUACUGCGUUUGUUUUUACUCUCUCCUUCAGUUUUGUAACGUCAACGACGUAUGGUUUUUUAGUACGUGUGUGUGCGCUUUUGGGUGGAUAUCCAGUGGAGUGUAAUAGAAAAGCGCAGUGAGUUUGAGCAGUGAAGAAUCAUUCCUCGCGCCGCGCUCGCGCACUGCAGCAACCGCCAGUUCAUCCAUUCAACGGCGCGCUGGACGUGAGGGUUUGCAGCCAGUUCUGGAUAUAAAGUUAAAAACUAACAUUUUAACCAGUCUCAACCAAUGAAUGUGAUGCUAAAUUAUAACCUUUGCCUCAGAUACUGCAUUUUAAGGAGAGAAAUCACAGCGCGAUGUGAAUUUGACAUUUUCCUCAGCUUUUCUCAUUGAGAGACCGUUUUUCCGUUACCAUGCACUUCGAAUAACCGACUCUUUCCUGCUCGCGCGCGUUUUUAUCGUGAUUUAAAACCAUGGCUAACGAAAUUAGCUAUGACAAUCGGAAUAUAGUGGAGAAAUACCUCAAGCAUAAACUUUCAAAGCGAGGAUAUGUGUGGAAAUGUCAGUCCUCUGCAGAGGAAGAUGACACCUUUAAUAAAGCAGCGGAGGAAUCCUCUCCAAACUCUGACAGGAGGCUUCAGGCUCCCUCAGCCGGCGGGGGGAACAACUCUGAAUGCCUGAUAGCUCGGAGAGUCACUCGUUCAGAUCCUCAUUUGAGGCUUUACCGGGUGCUACGGGAUGCUGGAGAUGAGAUAGAAAGGAUUUAUCAACGCGAAUUUGAGGAGAUGUCCCAUCAGAUGGUAUUCAACCCAAAUUCUGCGCAACGCAGCUUCCUAACAGUGGCCGAGGAGCUCUUUAGAGACGGAGUGAACUGGGGGCGGAUCAUUGCGUUCUUCGAGUUUGGUGGCACCAUGUGCGUGGAAAGCGUCAACCGGGAGAUGGCGUCCCAGGUAGAUAAUAUUGCACACUGGAUGACUGACUAUCUGAACGGGCCACUGGAAAACUGGAUUGAGGAAAAUGGAGGUUGGGAUGCCUUCGUGGAGAUGUACGGUCAGCAGAAAGACUCUUUGUUCCACCCGUUUUCAUACCUAACAAAAGUGCUUGGCUUGGCGGCGCUGGGCUUGGCAGGAGUGACCAUCGGAGCCUUUUUUGCUCAGAAGUGACAGCCUCCGCGAUCUCCAUGCCAAUCUAUUUCACUUUCUCUGCCUGUCUCUCCUCUUCAGCUUAUCAAAGCAUCUUUCAGCGCUGCACUGCCCCGCUAAGCCCGGCUCCAGUGCCCUUCAAAGGCCGCCGCUGAUCCGAUGGCCCUCCAGCCGCGGGAGCAGCGGCGCUCAUGCUCUAUCACCCUCUCUGGAGUGAAGGAACGCAAAGAAAAAGAAUACAGAAUGAGGACUCACAGGAGCGCUGCCACACUUUUGACUGUGAUGCUCGUCACUGCCAUGUACAGUUGCACUCGCACAGAGAUCGACACACAAAACACGUGCACACACGCUCACAUUCUUCAUAUGGAUGCAAAAAUACAACAAAAAAAAAAAACGUUUUAUCUUCAAAGUUUGUUUUUUUAUGUGCGAAACAAGUACAAAAAGAUUUUUAAAACUUAAGAUUGUGCUUUUUGACAUUUUGAUAUCAGGUUUUUGGCAUUUUGUAGCAUGAAUCCUUAAAAAGAAAAAAAAAAGAGAGGAAAACAAGAAAGUUUGCCGGCGUGAAUGUAAAUAACUUCUCCACUAUAUGCAUGUGUGGAGAACAAGACUCUUUCAGAUACAUUUUACUGCAUGAUGGAUUUUUGAACUCAGUCACCCAACUUUUUUUGUGAUGAUUGGCGGUGUUUUCUUUUUGUUUGUUUGUUUAUUUCUGUCCCUCACUCCUUUGGAUGGACCUCUUGAGAUCUCCCGUCAAACCAACAGAUGUUGAGCAUUCCUCAUUAAAAAUUUCCUCUUUGAUUUACUCUUUGUCUUACUGGGAAACGUAAAGAACGUGCCGACAACCAGACUGAAGCCAGCUAUCAUGAGGCCAUGGGCCAGCAUGGGUCACAGGUUCUUCCGACCCAAUUGGCCCAUCUUGAAUGUAAAGACUGGAAGUUUGACUUCUGUAAGCUUUCCUUUUGAAUAUUUUAUAUUCACGUGCAUUUUUUUUCACUUUUUGUACAUAUAUAUUUUUCUGGUUUGACUGGUUGAAGAAGUUUCAAUGUUUAAUUCUAUUUCUCGAGAGCAAAAUGUAUGGGUCACACUUUAUUUUGAUGGUCCGUUUGUUGAGCUUAAGUUACAUUGUAACUAAUUCUCAUUAGAUUAUAAGUAGACUGUUGGGGUUAGGGUUAGUGUAAGUUGACAUGUACUUGCAAAGUUUCUUAUAGUCAGUUAAAUGUCUGUUUAGUAGCAGUAUCAACAGAUAUGAAGCAGACUGUCUACUAAUACUCAAAUGGACCUUCAAAAUAAAGUGUUACCAAUGUAUGUGUAAUGUCCUUGUACGCGUAGUUGUGAGUUUGUACAUAGUUCAUGUUGAGAAAGCUAGACUUGGUUGAGUUCUGGUGGAGAAUGUGGACAACUCAACCAGGUGUGUGUGUGUGGAUAUAUGAAGAUGAAACAGGCAGGUGGCAGCUGGAACCAGAAGUUCAUUCAGGUUGGAAUGAUAGGUAUGUAGGGCUUUGAAAAGACUCUGUACACAGCAGACUGUGUAAUACAUGGCCCAGGUGUAUCGGUUUUCCCUCCCCAAUGUUAUCUUUCUGACUUAGUAGAUUGCAGACGCCUUGUGAGCUGUAGAUUUUUGGAUGCUCCCAACCAAAGAAAUACGAUCCGUCUGCUUCCUUCCCUGAGAGACCCAUCUAGGGCUAUCCCGCUUCUUCCGCCGUAUGUUCCAAUGGGAGGGUUGAUUUUCUCUUUCACAGGAAGAUACAGAGACACCAGCUUGUCCUGAAGUAUUUUUUCAGCUCUUAGAUGUUCAUUAAAGUCGCUGGUGUAGAUUUAUUCCAGGGAGACCAGUGAGUCCAAACGAAGACUAUGUGCAGCAAUUGUUUCAUGUCUUGUACAUUCAGUUAGUUUUCAUUUAUGAGCCCAAAAUUUAAUUUUUAAUACAAAGUCAAUUUAAAUUUUAGAAUUGGCAUCUGUUCAGUUCAUUGGUGUGAAUUUUAAUUGAAUUAGCCAUGCCCCACAUGAAAUUGAAUUGGAAUGACAGGAAGGGUAAUUUACUCAUUUACAAUAGAGUGCAAUAGUGUCUGCUAACAUUUUCAGCAGGGCAAAGACAUUUUUCUUCCCAUAAGGAUUUUAAAAAUUCAUUUUUAGGGUGUAAACAAACCAGUUAAAUCAUAAAAAAACUUUUGAUUUUAAACAAAAUCAGUCAAAAACCUGGGUAUUCUAUUCUAUUCUAUUCUAUUCUGUUCAAAUGUUGGGUUUGUGGGAUAAAUGAUGGGUUGAUGGGUUCAUUAUAUAUAAAACUUAGACUUAAAGGGCACCUAUGAUGAAAAUCCUAUUUUUGAAGCUGUUUGGACAGAACUGUGUGUAGGUAUAGUGUGUCCAUAGUCAUAUUGGGGUGAUUAAAAGACAAUAAGUCUCUUUUCUUAAAGUUUCCUGACGUUAAAAUUGGAUCCAAUCCCUCCCAUUUUGAGGCCCACCGCAACGUGACGUAGGAGUGUGGUUUCCCCGCCCACUGAAUUGACUGACAGUUGCGUAUUAACAUGUCUCUGUAGUAACGUGUAUAAUCAUAUCAACAAGACAGAACCUGCUCAUAGCCACUGGAAUUAAAAGAUCUGUUCAGCUCUCUGUGAUUAUCAAUCAUCAUUAAAUAUGAUCAAGAAUGAGUUUUACAAAUUUAAAGCGUUUUAAAACAGUGCAUGUUUGUAAUAAAUUACAGCGAUUUUACCGUCUUUAUCACCACAGCCGCAUGUCAGUACAAUUAUAAAAGGAGAUGCUUCAAUCCCGGUUUGUGGACGUUAAAUCAGGUUUAUUUCCUGCCCCGCUUUUCACUUUGGCCUGAGCUUCAAUAACAUUUCCCAGGUGAAAAUGCUAACCCAGUCCGCCCCUGACAAUAUGUGGGACUCAUCGUUGCAGAAAGACUUGAAUUAACUCCACAACAAAUACAUCAAAUAAUCAUUGGGAAAGUUCUUAUUGUAGUAGUAUCACAAACGUUACGUGAGAUCUGCUUCCUUCUUGUCUGUCACUGUGCUGUUUAUCUGACGCAGCCGAGGUGGAAAUUAAGGCACACUCUGACAGGCACGUGGGAACGGUGGGCGGGGAGAACCAGCAUUAAAGGCACAGGUAACAAAAACAGCUACAUUGUGUUUAAAGCAGAAAAUUCUAAUAUUCUGAAAGCUAUAAUAAAUAAUCUGAUUGGUGUUGAGCUGAAAUUUUACAGACACAUUCUGGAGGCACACAAUACUUAUCUUAAAAGGGGUAACAAAGGUGCCCUUUAACACUUACACAGAAUUUAAGUUCACUUCUUCCAAUUCUGUUUCAUAAAUUCAAUUCAAUUUCAUAUGAUGCACAAGAUUUAAGUCAGAAUAGACAGAAUAUUUAAUCUGAGUGAACAGAAAAACAGCAUGUGAUGGAUAAAAGUACAGUACAAUGGUUCAGUAUAUAAUAUAAACAUUUUUUUUUCUUUUUGUUGAUGUUUUUUGUCCACUGAAAAUCUGUGGAAAGUAUAUUUCAGUAUUCUAUUGGCUGACGACUCCAUAGUAUGAGACCUCACAGUCUCAUUUUCAUUCCAGUCAACCUUCGAUCCAAGGAUCCGUAUCGGGAGUGACUUUAUCUAUCAACACAGCUCUCUGGAGUGAUGUGUAGCGGUACAAAUUAAGCGUUCGCUAUUUAAUAAUGUACUACAUUUCUGCCCCCUUUAUCGGGUGGUGCAGGACUGUAUCAGAAUACAUUAAAGCAAGUUUCGAGAACUCACACUGUAAGAUCAUUUUACUUUAGCUGCUAAAGAUCUAGCAGUGUAAGAGAACAGGGUGUGGAGUUGAACUUCUCCCUGUUUCUGCACCAAAUGAAGCUGCUCGUGGAUGAACCAGCAUAAAACUGCCACUGCUGGAGCGGAACUAGUCCAUCCACUCCUAACGUCUCGCUUUCCCUCUGGUCAGGAGAAGCUGAGAGCUCUAUUACAGUCUAGAAUCUUGAUGCGCCUGCUUGAGUGCGAGGAGAGGUUUUUUUUGUCAUCAACCUGUAAUUUCUAUUUGCAUUUUUCUGCAUCUUUUAAGAAGAAUGCCUCUUAAAGGUGUAACCGAGCAGUGAUUGUUUGCUGGGGAAGUUUGAUUUCAUUUUGACUAAGGGAUGUGUUCACAUUUGGCGAAUUUGGUUCAAUUAAAAUUUAAGACGACAGAGAAAUAUCUGAUGCUGUUUUGACUCCUUUAUAAGCUCUUCAUCAAUUGUGAACUGAUACCAUAUUAUAUAUACAGAUACAAUGACCUCGUUUAGCAGAACACAGCAUUGUUUUGGACGUUCUGUCUUAAAAUAUACUCCAUAGAAGCUGCUUUUUUUGUUUUGCGACUUUAGGUUUCGUGUUAAAAAUGGCAAUGUGAAUGCUAAGCAAUCCAGAACCAUCAACAAAACCUAACUACAAGUGUGAACACACCCUAGGAUGAAAUGGAAGGAUGCAGUCUAGUAGGUGGAUGUGUGUAUGAAUCAUGUUUUUAUGUAGAUUAUAGGUGUGCAUGUAAAAUAUUCUCAUUGUGAGGAGUCAUUCACACAGAACGCAGUAGGAGAUGACAAAAAACCUGCAGCCUAGAACUUCUGUGUGUUUUAAGAGUCCAAAAUUAUGUAUGGGAUGCUAUUAAACAUUUUAAAAAUGUGUUCUGUGUGAUUGGCCCCUUUAAACUGUGUCCUAACCAUGUUCAAAAUCUAACUCUCUUAAAUCAAAUUUAAAGCUUAAACGUGGCAUUUUAUGUCUGACUCUUUCCAAACAGGAUUCCCAAGCAAUUUCAAACCAGGCUCAUUCUGAAAACGUACCGCUAUAUACUGUACAUUUCUGGAGAGCACCAAAUAUGUCCCAGGAGCUACGUUUUUUGCAGUUUUUGUUUUGCCAAAUCAACCAGAGGCCGCUGUGUACAUUUUCUCAGAUCUCAAAUUUCUUUCGUGUGUUCCAUUUGCGCCUGCUGUUCUUGCAUAAAUCCACCAGAGGCCGCUGUCGACUGACUGACUGACUGACUGACUAGUUGACUGAUCCACCCUCCUCCUUCCCUAAACCCAACCAGUAGUGUUUUAAAAAGCACUAAUUGACCCGCCUACCCACUUUUCUAAACCCAACCGACAACGUUUUAAAAAGCAAUCCAGAAAAAGAAAAGCCCUCACCUAAUUUUUACCACGUUUUCUGAUUUUACCACAUUCUCCCCCUGUUAUUUACUUGUUUAUUUGAUUUUUUGGCUUCUGUUUUUUUCUUACCCACUUUCUGGAACCGUUCUUUGCAGAACUCAAACCCUAUCAUCGCAGCCAAUUCCUCUCUGCAUCUCAAUUUCGCUGAUGUACAUGGCGAGUUAACUGGACAAACUGGUAACAGCAGGAAAGCUCUCCACAGGGAGGUAAUCAGUCAGCUUUUAAGCGCAAAAAGGAAUGGUGUGAUACCACCCCGUAGCGUUCGAUUUAAAGACGAAUUGUAGCCAUACGUACUUUUGGCUACAUAGUUUGCAAUCUUCAGAAAUGUAUAUAGGGCUACAUUUUCAGAAGGAGCCUAUGUUGAAAAAUUUGCCCAGAGACUAAUCCCACAAAAACACCUGAUUGGCUGAAGCAGUGUUGGUGUUCUUGAGCAAAUCAGGAUGUUCAAACAAACAAAGAAAUGUUUUGAAAACAACACAAAGCUGCAGUUUUUUUUUUCAACACUGUAAAACCCAACAGUCAACUUUAUCAAAUGAAAUGAGUGUAGUUAACUCAAAAUUAACUGAAAGUUAAUUCUACUCAUUUGAGAAGAGUUUUGAACUCAGUAUUGAAGGUAAUGAGUUAAUAAAUUCCUCAUUACUUCAACUUAAAUGGAGUAAGUUCACAGUACACAUCUAAAUUAGUUUUUUAACUCAAAUGGUUUGAAGCAAUCGGUUUCCUCAAACAGUUUGAGUUGCCUUAACUUAUUGGGUUUUACAGUGUACCAAAAUGUCUCAUUUCAGCUUUAAAUAUGGUCUGGAAACAUGUUAGGACACGGUUUAAGAGAGCGCAGGGAAAGUACAGUGGGUUUCAAUAUUAAACUAUUUAACAUAAUCUGUAUCUUUUUUAUGUAAAUGAUCUUUCAUCUCUUUCAUUGCAAGAAAUCGGAAAUUCGAAUGUAAAAAUAGGAUCGUCGCAUUUUAAAAAGUUUGUACUUCUUCAAAAAAGAAAAUUUCCAUCUGUCAGUUCAUUCCUCAUUCGUACAUGAUCGUCAUACAGAUGGAAAGAGAAUCAGCCUUUGUUUUAGCCUCACGUUCUGUCUGAUAUAAAUAUGGAAGUCAGACUUAAACUGCUGCAUGAGGGGUUUUCCCUUACUUCCCUUUGGAUGCUGGAGACGCUUUAAGAGUGAAAUUGCAGAUAUAGUCUCCAUGGUUGCACUGGUUUGGUGUUUAACCAUGUUAUUUACAUUUUGCAUGACUGCAUUCUUUCAUCUCCAGCUAUUCAGCUUCAUUCUGCUCAAGUUUCGAUGUGAUUUGCAGAUUGACUUCAUAUAAAUGACUGAUUUCGGCAUCUAUUCUGAAACAAAACCCCAGAAGAUUAUCACACCCUAAAUGUUUUUCCUCCUCCUCCCUUUGGCAGCUACCAUUACGCAUUUAUUUUACAAUACCACUUUCCUUUGAGGAAAAAGACAUCGAUUUUUUUCUUUCUUUCUAUUUAAUGACUUUGCUGCCAUACCCUCGCGCACAGUAUAUCGCAUAACCAUUAAAAAGUAGCACAAUAUCCGGAGGAGUUUAAUAUAGAAACAUGAGUUUAUAUUUGAUUUCCAAACUCUCAUUCUUUUUCCACCAUUACCUUGUUUGUCUUUCUGUGUUGUACAUUCAGUAGCAUUCAAAAGCAAUCGUUCAAGUCUUUUCCUUCUCUCCUGUUUAUUUUAAUGAUUUUUUGUGUGUGUUUAAUUUAUCCACGUAGCACUUGUGUUUCUAAUGUGUCAAUAUAAUUUGGUGUACGUAUCCAUGUCAUAAGCUAACAGUUAUCUGUCCUAAUUAAAUAAACCUUGCCUUAUGAUCUGAGAA